GGCGCUCGCGCCGCGCCUGGGGAAUCCUCCAGGAGCAAGAUGGCCGCGCCGGGGGCGGUGGCUCGAAGAACCCGGAGCUAGCUAGGUCCGGGAGCCCCGGCAGGCCCUUCCUCCAGUACCCCGAGCGCCCCGCAGAAAGCAUCGCGCUCCUAACCGAUAGACGCAUGUCGACUUUGCUCGCUGUGGCCAUGGGGUCUUCCCCGUAAAGUCUCGGCUGUGACGGGGACGGGGAACUCGCGACUUCCAGUCGCUCGGAGCUGGAACUCUGGAGGGGGACGCGGCUCGCGGCGGGUCCCGGAGGUCCUUUUGUUCCGGCGAGUGCGACUUGCUGCGCUCCAUGCCUGCGGGCGUGGGGAGGCGUGGCCUCCCCCUAGGCCGGCACCUCUACUGGCUGCUCUGCACUGUCAUCUUAAAGCUGUGUCAAGCCGAGGCAUCCGCACCAGACAAGCUGUCAGUGAGCACCUCAACUUUACCGUGCUGGUUGGUGGAAGAGUUUGUAGUGGCAGAAGAGUGCACCCCAUGUUCUAGUUUCCAGGCGAAAACCACCCCUGAGUGUGCUUCUACAGGAUAUGUGGAGAAAAUCACAUGCAGUUCAUCUAAGAGGAGUGAGUUCAAAAGCUGCCGCUCAGUUCUGAUGGAACAACACUUAUUCUGGAAAUUCGAAGGGGCUGUGGUGGCUGUGGCAUUGGUCUUCGCCUGCCUAGUGAUCAUUCGUCAACGACAGUUGGACAGAAAGGCUUUGGAAAAGGUCCGAAAGCAAAUUGAGUCCAUAUAGCUACAUUUCAGCCUAUUAUCCUGGGUAUUACAGACCAUAUCUCACACAGAGAAGUGGAGUGCACUGAUUUGCACCCUUGGUUCUUUGGAGCCUUGUGGUUCCCUCUUUCCCCAUCUUCCUUCAGAUCAUUGAUGUGCAUAAUAAAGAGUAAAAUAGUUUUCUUCUCGUCA